AUGAGCGCCCAGUCUUCAGAGUGUCAGGCGCUGGAGCUCUCGAGCGCUGAAAAAUGCCACAACGAAGCUACUCAUGCGGAAGGGCUGUUUUGCUGGUUUCACUCCAAGCAGGUCUAUGGUCUCUAUCUCGGCUACAAACGACGCAAUGCCCGGCUGGACGCAUUGGAUGAUGAUGCACCCGACUAUUUGAAAAGCUCGACUGUCCCCCUUGCCAAUCAAACUUUCCAGGAUCUGGAUGACGAAAAGGCACUUCAAGACGUGCACGCGCAUCUUUUUGAAAAGUACAAUCUGACAGGGAGAGUGAUUGAUGCUCGGAGGCUUCAUCAUAAACACUUCUAUUCCCUGAAUGUCGACUAUGGACACCAAGCAUACCUUGACAAGCUCAGUAGCCAACAGCACACUGUCCUCCGAGCCUUGGAGAAGCUCGGUCGACGAAUUGCGAAGUUGCUCUAUGAAAAAGAGCAGUGGUUUGCAUGGGCCCGUCAGGCCCAGGAUGAGGAGGAAGCAAACCGUGAUAAAGAGCAGAAGAAGAUCAAGCAGGAAGCUGCUCUUUUCAAACGUCACUGGGCAGUGGUGCAAGCUAGGUUAAAGAGAAAUCGACAGGAAGAGGAGAAGAAGCGACAUGAUGCAUACCUUGAGGCAGCCUAUCAAGAGAGAAAGGCGAUGGACUCGGCAGGAGAGGAUGGAGACGAGGAGUGGGAUCCUAUUGAAGACGAAGAUUUGGACAAGCGCUACCAGUAUGUUGAUCUGAUAAAGCACUUCCUUUGGAUGGAAGUACUGGAGCAUGAUCAAACCGUAUCAAACGUCGAGCCUGUCCCCACCGGAAACCUUGAGGAUUGUGCCCCUGCAGAAGAGACCUCGACUCCUGCUAAGAAGCCGAAGAAAAAGAGCAAGAAAGGUGGCACCUCAAAGGCCACGUUAGAUUCUAACAGUUACAAGACAGUGCAUGGACCGGAGAGCGGCCAGAAGACACUGCUUGCCAUGCAAGCAAGUGGUCCGGUCGUCACCGGCGAAGAGCAACGAGAACCUGAUAAAAGCAGCAUUGAGACAGAGGUGGACAUGAGAAAGCGUCUGAAAGAGGGAGUCGAGAAGGACCACUCCCAUUCUUGGGGGGCUCAGCUCGUUGGCUCUCUUGAAAAUCCCCACGCUACAUUUGAAAGGACGGCCCCGAUGACUGACGAGGACAUCGAUGCUGCCUUUGAAGAAGUAAAGGAGAUCAAGCUACUGUUAUUUUGUCGCCUUGUUCUUGCGCACGCCUCACUGUUGCCUGCUGCUCUACGAGCCAGCAACGUGGAAGAGUUCUUGCAAGACGCUGAAAUCACGGAGUCCGAUUUGCGAGAUCUCUGCUUGAAGGUCGAGGCGCCCACGUUACAGAACAUUCGAGACGCAUGUGCUGAUUUCGCUCGUGGAGAUGAAUCUGAAGAUGACUCGGAUGAACAUAUUGAGGAUGAAGAGGAAACAGAAGACUUUCAGGAUUUACUCACCGGAGAAAAGCGCUACCAACACUUGCACAGCAAGGACUGGUUUUUGGAGCAUAUUCUAGAUGGUCAAAACCGUAUCGCUGAAACUGAUAAGAGCAAGAGCAAGAAGAGGAGAGACAAGAAGAAGAGCAAAAAGACUAAGAAUCUUACAAACAAGAAAACGAAGAUCACAAUCUGCGGCAAAACAAUUUGGAACCAUGCCAGCGAGAAAGCAAUGUCGAGAGACGGCUGGUUGCAGUUUUCCAUCAUAGCCAAGGGCUGUGACCUCAAACACGCGAUCCAGCUUUGCCGGAACUGGAGCGAGUUUUCCGAUCUGAAUCUUCUUGCACUUUGGAAAUUCUUCCCUGUGUCCAAUUGGGUGUCCUGGACCCCAAACCAAAUGGUUGAGCACCUCCAGAAGCUCGAGCUCUUCCCAUAUUUCAUCGACACCAAUGCGAAGCAGUACAGUCACUACUACCAAGUCGGUGGGAGAGGCCAAGCAAGACGUCAACACGAUAUCAUCGAGGCAAGGAAUGUCAUUGCUGGCCAUAUGAAACGCAACGACCCAGUAACUCGUCGAUUUCUCCAGUAUCUGAUCAUGAGAACUGGAGAGGUGUUGGUUUUAGUGCGGGAUGGGAAGACUGGUCGUGUGAUAACAGCACCUCCCGGAGAACAUUUGUGGACAUACCGCCGGAAGUCAGGAAUUGGCAGGGCCUCAAAAAACGAAUGGUUUAACCUGCUCGAAGUCGGGCCGCAAUUCUUCGCCUUGACCGACAAGUUACGAGAGUGGCGUUUUGGGUUUGAAGAUUACUACGACGUGUAUAUCUGGGACUUUGUCCCUUGCCAGACUGCGAGCUCGCUAUCUAACACCAUCAUAUAUGAACUGCGAAAUGCAUGGCGCCUAACCAACCCACGCGAAAUUUAUUCGCACAUGAAGCCUCUGCUGAGUUCUCUGACUAGGGAGGAGACGACCAUGCGGACCCGCAAGGUAAAACCAGGGGAAGAUGUUCGGACCAUCUGGGAUACAGUCAACAGCGAUUCUAGCGAAUUCGUCAUGUAUCAACUCAACGACCAUGACAAGGAAGUUGUCACCAAAAGGGGCGCUGAGCUCGCUAAGUGCUCGUACCUUUUCUAUAAUGAAGGCAACGCUCUUGAGGACGCGGUCCUAUUUCCGGAUGAACUGGACUCGAACAACAAAAGUGUGCCAUUCCGGGAGAUGAAGAACCCCAUCGAUCGACUCGAGACAGGAAUUCUGAAACCUAGAAUGCGUAGCUGGGCAAAGAUCAUGGAUACCAUUACCAGUGAUGUUUCGAGUACAACUUUAAUUGCCCAGGAAGAGGAGGACAAGAUUGAACAAUGGGGUUGGAAGUGGCCUGAGAUUUGGGAGAGUGGCCUGGACGCGCUUUGCUUCAACACACACCCUGACGAGAUGGAAGAAGUCCUUAUGCGUACUCGUGUCACUGAGAUUGGAAACCUAGACGUCCAAGAGCAUUAUGAACGUUCCAGCGAGGUGGAGGUCAUAGAGCGAGAACGAUCUAUCGCUAAUGAGCCCAUACCCGACGAUUUAAGUGCCCCGUGGCCGCACGCAUUUGUUGUCAACGACAUAGUGCAGGCCUUUGCGAGCAUGGCGAUGUUCUUCCCUGAGCUUGAAGUUACCGCUCUUGUCACUAAGUUCAUCCAAUCAGACCAAUGUGAGACCUUUAGGAACUCGCUGGUGUUCAACCCGCGGGAGAGAGGAAAGACGCAAGCGGACCGAAGGGGCCGAACAAGUUACAAGCUCCGCGAUUCCAAGUUUUGGGAUGAGUGGGACAAAGUGUGGAAUGCGGAAGGUUAUUAUGCGGAAAAUAUCCCUCUGGAAUGGAACAUUGCAAUCCGGCCCAUCAUCGCUAAACUAUAUCGAGCGGGCAUCAUUACGCCAAGAUAUGCUGAGAACGACCGUCAAAUCAUUCUAGGCGUUGCCAUGGCCAAUACCGAGCCGCACCGGCCAGGUAAGCUGGACUUGUUCGUGAACUACCACAAUCCGUAUUGCCAGUUUAAUCCUAGCUUGCCACCCAACUAUACCCAACCCGACAGAUGGCCAGCGCUGCUCCCACUCGCCCAGAACUUCGCCAGCACGCACGAGGGAGCUCGUUUCGCGCUUCUCCGUCUCUGGUCCGCACCGCAUUUCUACCCCCUUAUGGUCGGGCCGAACAAUCGGGAAAAUACCGGUUUUCUUGAUGGUGUUGGCAGACCAUGGGAGUUCAGAUUUGUGCCCAAGGACAUGCUUGCCAGCGAGUCUAUGAUACACAAUGUUGUCCAAACGAGAUUGAAGUUCAUGCACAAACAGAUUGGUGAUCGGGUUGCGCAUCGGGGAGACGUGGUUUUGGUGAUGGCAGAAGAUUCUAAGCAACUCUUCAAGUAUGCUACUGCAGUUACGUUUGCGAUGCAGACGAGACCUUGGAUAAGAGAAGUUGAUUUGUGGAAGAGUUUCGUAAAUGUUGAAUUGGAUGUACUGGAGGGCUUGGAUCCUUACUGGUGGGACUGA